UCAGAUCAAACGAGCGAUGGUAAUGUCAAUGUUACAGAGGAAAAAAAUAAAAAUGACUGUUCCAACACUCAGGGUUCAAAAACUUGGCACACUUGGUUUUAAUAAAACUUUAAUGAUUCAAAAAUCCGCUUCAAGAAAAGUUCUGGAAAAUCUUCGGGCUCAAAAUCUGGAAAAGAAUACAGGGUAUUUAUUUUUAGUUGAACAUGAUCCCGUGUAUACAGUCGGCAUUAGAAAUAAGCAAUACAAUGAAGAUGAAAAAAAAUUUAAAGAUAUUGGUGCGGAUUUUGUAAAGACUGAUCGUGGUGGCCUAAUAACAUUUCAUGGUCCAGGACAAUUAGUUGCCUAUCCCGUAAUUCACUUAGGGUUUUUUUCGCAAAAGAAAAGUAUAAAAUGGUAUGUCAAACAAUUGGAAAACAGUGUUAUUGACGUUUGUUACCAUUUUAAACUAAAGGCUAAUACUUCUGACAAUGUUGGAGUAUGGAUUAAAGAUAGCAAAGUUGCAGCAAUAGGCAUUCAUGCUUCUCGUUACGUCACGACUCAUGGAGUGGCCUUAAAUUGCAAUGUGGACUUGGGUUGGUUCUCACAUAUUGUUCCUUGUGGAAUUCCCGAUAAAGGUGUCACAUCAUUAUCCAAAGAACUGAAUCGCAAUGUUACCGUGGAAGAAACGAUACCCGUAUUUUUAAAUUGUUUUCAGAAGCACUUUCCUUGUAAUUUCGAAUAUGUAUCAUGAUUUUUUUCAGUUAGUAUGUAUGUAUAAUGUUGUUUCAUUCUCAUAAAAUCUUUCUUAUGUUUAACAAUUCAGUUACGAAUGCGAAACUGCACAAUUACAAAUAUCUCAGAAAAUAAAUAUUGAA